GAUUGCUAGCGGUGUGGUGGUGCGAGGUUAGGUUAGUCGCAAUCAGAGCUAGGUUUGUGGACAGCAGAGAACCGGUUGACAAUGAGCGAGUCUUUGGUUGUGUGCGAUGUGGAUGAAGAGCUUGUUGAGAAGCUGAAAAAGUUUCGCUUCCGCAAAGAAACCAACAAUGCUGCUAUAAUAAUGAAAAUAGACAAAGACAAACGCUUGGUGGUGCUGGAAGAAGAGCAUGAGAUAGUAUACAGUUAUAAGUAUCAGCAUGAAGAUGGAAGAGUUUCCUACCCGCUGUGUUUUAUAUUUUCCAGUCCAGUAGGGUGUAAGCCAGAACAGCAGAUGAUGUAUGCUGGAAGCAAAAAUAAACUGGUUCAGAAGGCUGAGCUUACAAAGGUUUUUGAGAUCAGGAAUACUGAAGAUUUAACCGAAGAAUGGCUUACUGAGAAACUUGGGUUUUUCCAUUAAGUUGCAUCUCUUUUUUUUUUUUUUAUCUAUGUGAAAGAGCCAGGAUUGUACCUUUUUUUUGUUACUCUUUGUUCCCUUUUUAGUUAAGAUACCUGCCCACUCAGUGAGUGUCUGUGCUGCUAAGAUGUAUGGAAAUCCUUUUCCUAUUUUCUAACCAAAAACACAUUAUAAGUAACCCAUUUAAAGGGGAAUAGUCACCUCUUACAAACUUUACACAAAUGUGAUCAAUGCUACUGGUACUAGUUGCAAUACUUUUCAAAUUUAUGUUUAUUUGAUAUAUUUCUAUCCCUUUUUUCCCCUUAAUUUCUUCUGUUACAUUAUCAAAGCAGCUUUUUAAUGAAAUUCUCUCAUCUGAUUGGAUAAACAGAUUUAUUCAUUAUCUUUGAUGAGGCACGUCUCGUUGCUAUCCAAAGUUCUUUGUGAUAACUGUUAACGUUAUUACACUAUUACAGCUUUUGAGUUGAGUUGUGGUAGCAAAUGCUUCUGCAUUAUCAAUGCAGAUAUCUUCGAAAAUGUCAAAAAAUAAAUUGCAGCUAGCCCUAGUGGUGUCAAUUACUAUAUUGAAUGUGUACUUAAAAGUGGUAUUUGUAACAUUCUACAAACCCACUAGGACCAAAAGGGUUAAAUACUAUAGUAUUUGUAUAUAGACCUGACGGCACUGGAACAUGAGAAUGUGUAAUGUCACUAACAGUCAUGCACUUGUAUUAAUGGUUUAAUUCUUGCGGUGAAAAUUAUUAACUUUUCAGUUAUGCUGAGUCUGCACGAAAAAAAGGACCAAGUCCUUAAUAAUGUUGAAUUUUUAUUCACUGUUAUCUAUAAACUGAAUUUUUUGUAGUAUGUGAAAAACAAAUAUGAAUCUUUUGGACUAAUUAGUGCUAAUGUAACUUACAGUGCAGCUUGUAAUUAAAAUAAUAUUGGGGUAUUUGUUUUUUUAUUUCUGUUUUAUAUGUUGCAACCCGCAGUUGUUCACAUAUUUUGCAAAGCUAGAAGGUCAAAGUCAUACUAUUAUCCUGAUUUAGGUCAGGGAUGACUGACUGGCAGUGCCUAGAAAAAAAAAAUCAGAACUAAGAAUGUGUGCCAUAGAUUUUGUGGCCCCAGGAAAAAGCGAUAAUAAAAAUGUGCUUUCGGGAGGUCACAACUAAAACAGUAGACAAUGGCCAUUUUUAAGAAAUAUAUAUUCUUUAUGUGUUUCAACACCAAAAAUUUAUAUGCGACCCUUAAAGGCUUCUAAAAUAUUUACAAGGCAUUUGUUUGUCCUUUCUAUAUUAAGAUAAUGAUUAUCAUCUGAAGUCUAAAGUUAAUUGAAUUUGGAGGAGAAAAUAAAAUUUUCUACAUUCACCAUUUUUCAGACAUUAUUAAUCUAAAUAGUCAUGUUAGUUUUCAGAUUUUGUGAUUUUUGGCCUAGAUUUUUGAGACGUCAAAUUUACAACACAUCAGUUAUAUAACCUCUUACAUCAGACUCGACCUUUGUUUUACUAUAAGCGAACAGUAUUGACCGAAUGGGGCCAAAUACAUCUGUUUGCGGAAAAAGGAGUUAAAGGGAUAGUAAAGUCCAAAUUAAACUUCAUGAUUCAGAUAGGGCAUAAACUUUCUAAUUUACAUUUAUCAUCAAAUUUGCUUUGUUCUCUUGUUAUUCUUAGUUUAAAGCUAAACUUAGGUAGGCUUAUAUUCUAAUUUCUAAGCAAGGCCGACCUCUGCAUUUGACAGCUAGAGGGCGUUAGUUCAUGUGUUUCAUAUAGAUAACAUUGUGCUCAUGCACAUGAAGUUAUUUAAGAGUCAGCACUAAUUGCCUGAAAUGCAAGUCUGUCAAAAGAUCUGAGAUAAGGAGGCAGUCAGCAGAAGCUUAGAUACAAAGUAAUUACAGAGGUAAAAAGUAUAUUUCUAUAACUGUGUUGGUUAUGCAAAACUGGGGUAUUGUAAAUAAAGGGAUUAGCUAUCUUUUUAAACAAUAACAUUUUUGGUGUUUACUAUCCCUUUUAACUCGUCCGCUGCCUCUCUCAUACGAUCGGGUUGAUUGACACCCCCUGCUCUAUCAGCACCAAAUAUGCAUUAAACCAAGAUUCCCAGAAAUACAGAUCCAUAUUAGUUAUGGCUACAUCAACCUCCCGUCUACUAAUAUUCUGCAGCAUAGAUUGCUGUAAUUCAGACACUGACCUGCAUCUUACACAUCCUUUGUAUAAAGUGUCAUCAUAUAAAAAAACAUAAAAAUAAAGCUGACACGUGUGCGUAUUUCAGUUUUGGAUAGAAGCAUUUACUGUGCACAGAGCAUAUGCACAUAUGCCCUGUGAAUUCUCAUACAAAUGCCUUGUAUGCUCAGAGAGCAUAUGUCAGCGAUAACUGGUGUUGUUGCUGAUAAAUACAUGCCCCCGAUGUCUGUGCAGCUUUGUAGAUUAAAUAAGUAAAUAUGCUCCAUGAAUUUUGCUGAUGAUAAAUGUGUAUUUCAAAAAUUGUACAAUUAAAAACUGAAAUGCAAUUAUGCAGAUUUCAAUGUUGAAUAUUUUACACUGGAAUUAAUUUACAUUUUAAGAGUUUACCUUGGUUUUUGAUUCUUUAUAAUAUUUAAAGGCCAUAUAUUUCAACCUUAGGUGGAUGGCAUCUUCUAGGGAAUAUUCAUAAAAGGUCAUUUUCUGUUAUAAAUCAAAAGCAUUUUGAGUUUUCUGAAAAUUUCUGUUUGUGUAUGUCCAUUUCCUUGCAUUUGUCGUGUUUUUUUGUUGUUGCUCCUGUUCUAAAAAAAGAAAAACAAAAUAAAACUAUCUGCCUAUAGAAA